UCUCAAUAACGGAGGAGAGUUAGUCAGUCGGCAGUCUGUGAACCGCUGCAUUCUCUGUUCCACGAAUAGAAUAAUUAUCGCAUCGCAUCGGCCGAAAAACAAUUUUUCCCAUCUAUCUGACAUUAACGUCAGUUUCGCACCUUAUUGUUUUUGCAAAAUUCCUCAACUCAUCCGUCUAAAAUAGGUUCUGAGUGAUCUUGGAAGACUUUCUAGGAGCCGCUUUCGAGAAACACCGGUGGAUAGAAGACGUAUAGUUUGACCAUGGAGUUCCAGUUCAAUGUGAACGAGUAUUUUAAAAGGCCCAUUGUGGAAAUCGGCAACACUCUGCUGCCUCCGGAUUUCGUAGGAGACCGUAGGGCGUUAUGGAACACCGUGAACAAGGUGGCAGAGGUCGUGAAUGAAAUGGGAGAAGCUUCUGCACACGCUCAAGGACUGAACAAGCCAAUCACCACGGCAGAGCGUCUGAGGCAAUCCGAUCAGAACUUAUACCUACUGGUGGACCACGGCGCUAACAAUGGCAAUGGUGCAGUAACCGGCAUGCUGAAAAUUGGAAAGAAAGGGUUGUACGUAUUCGACAGAGAGGGACAGCAUUACCAGGUGACGCCACCUUGUGUCCUAGACUUUUACGUACACGAGAAAAGGCAAAGGAGUGGAUUGGGAAAGAAACUUUUCGAAUACAUGCUUGAAAGAGAAAACGUGAAACCUCACAAUCUGGCCAUAGAUAGACCAAGCGACAAGUUCCUCAACUUUCUGAACAAGCACUACUAUCUUCAGCAUCCUAUCAAGCAAAUGAAUAACUAUGUUGUUUUCGAUGGGUUCUUCCCCGAAAACCAGAAGAAAGAUACUUCAGAAGGCAGUCCACUGAAUAGAACUAAUGGCUUACAAAGUUCUCAAUCUCCUAACAAUCAGCAACCACUUUACGGUCGUUAUGGGGCCCCCAGACCCCCUUGCAGUAUGGGACAGAUAAUACACAAUACUUCGGCCCAGAAGAACAGCGAACCCACGAGUACGGACAAUUUCAAGAAUUCACAAGGCGUUAUGCCUGCUCAGGUCCCUAUGCAACAAGAACGGAUGCCUCCCGUUCAAUACGACGCUCGUUGCAAUGCCCAACAACAAUUCGCUCAUCAAUAUCCCCAAAAUACAUUUCGAGAAGACAGGAACAAUGUCCAACAGCUCAAUUUUCAGAACACCCAACAAACUCUCAAUGCCCAAAAUCAGCAGCAGCAGUUCCAGCGGAAUCAAGUCAGAAUGUUCCCGGAGAGAGAAAAUCAGUCCGGGAGCGCGACUUACAACGAUAACACCCGAUUUCAAACCGCCGAGCCUGCCGGAAACGCAUGGCCUCAGCAGGCGCAAGCUCAGCAGGUUUACCAAAUGACACAGAUCAUUCCGAACGUGCAGCCGGAUCAGCAGAGAUACGAAACUUCGACUUAUAACAAUAUACCUUCACAGAUCCAGCAUCAACAAGCUGCCGUUACUUAUCAAGGCACUCCACAGUAUCCCGUGACCCUACCGUAUCAAGGUGAUGUUACUCAACCUGCUGUUCAUUCACCACCUCCUCCAAACGUCGAACAAUCUCCCCAACAGCAGUAUCAGCCAGUUCUUCCACCUCAAGAACCACCGUUGUAUCAUGCGCAAGAUAUCGCGCAACCGAGAAGUACUCCGAAUUUCGUACCAUCUACCCCUGAACCUAUUCAACAUCCUGACCAAAGAACACAAUACGUUCACCAGAACGCAAACAAUGUUUACGCUGCGAAUAUUAACGUCCCUCAGACUCAACAGUUCCAACAAAACCUCCAGCCUAUUCCUUAUGGUCCUACUGUGAACCAAAAUGUACCUCAGUACAACGUACCGCCACAACAAUACCAGCAAACAGCUAUUCCACAAUAUCAAUACCCUCAUACUCCACAGCAACCAGCAUUUCACGAACAAUAUCCUCCACAACAGGUUUACUCUCCCCAAACGCCAACUCAAUAUUCUCCACAACCUCAUCCUCCUCAGCAAGAGCAAAUACGGAAGGAAAAAGAAAAAUAUCAAGAAAUCCAACCCAGCAUUCCGAAACAACGGAUUCAACCCUACCAACCGCUACCCGAAAAGAAGACUGACAAGAUACAAUCAGACACAGUACACUCUUUGCUCCAAGUAGAUCCAAAGUACUUCAAACCCAACCCCGUAAGCCUAAAGAAACCCUCGUUGGCCGAGUACAACCGUCCGGUGAUACCUAGCGUCAAAAACGAAGAGACUGUUGCUUCUCUCUUGAACGCUGAACAGGAGUUCUUUGAGAACGGUUUGCUGCGGGACAAGUACAAGGUUUCCGUAAGGCCUAGGUCUUACCAACAACGGUCCCAAGAUGAGAUGGAAGGUUAUCCCAAACAGUUGCCAAGCGGUCGAAGAGACGCCGGAGACUAUACUCCGCAGAUUAUGCAUCCACCAAACGAGGUUUCUGAUGCCCCACGUGAAGAAACUCGCCAGAUUCAACAACCAACCGUUCAAUCGGUUCAGUAUAGAGAUCAGCAGGUUCAGCAACUCCAUCAGAACCAACAGCAACAGGUUCGCUCCCAAUAUCAACAGAAUCAGUAUCGUCCUCAAGAUCAGCAACAACAGCCUAUCGUUCAGGACCAACAGUAUCAACAACCUCGCCUUCAGGACCAACAGUAUCAACAGCCGUAUCGCCUUCAGAAUCAGCAGCAUCCUCCUAGCCCUCAGGAUCAGCAGCAGCAAAUUCGCCUUCAACACCCGCAACAACAGCUACACGUUCAAGAUCGGCAGUACCAACAGCAAUAUGGCGUACAGAAUCAGCAGUAUCAACAGCAGAAUCACCUUCAGGAUCAGCAGCAUCAUAUUCAGAAUCAGCAGUAUCAACAGCAAUAUAGCCCUCAGGUGCAGCAGCAUCAAAAUCGCCUUCAAGAUCAACAGCAACAGCAUCGCAUUCAGGAUGUGUAUUAUCGAGCACAGGAUCAGCAGCAACAAAAUCUGUAUCAGAAUCAGCAGCAACAGGAGCGCCUUAUACCGCAACAGUUUGUUCCGAUGGAUUCUCGCCCUGCUCAGGAACAAAGGUCGCCUCAGUUCUACGGAUCGGAAGCUGGGGAUCAAAGAAGACCCGACCAACAGCCUACUCCUAGGAUUCCGCAGAUUCAGCAGCAGCAGCAACAAUACAAGAGGCACAACGGAGAUCCGUAUGCGGGAGAUGAACAGCAACAGGGUGGCUACGAAGGGGGAAGAACGGAACGGAAUAUUCAGGAAACCGGAAAUGUACCGAUCGAUAGAAAAGACGCUAAGCCCCAAGAUGCGGCGCCUUGGCAUCGCGACGCCGUGGAAAAGAGGACACUGCAACCUGUGGAGGAGGAGAGGAUUUAUUCGCAAGAAACGAAUCCAGUGGUGGCGAGUGAACAGAAAAAGGAGCAUUCACCGGUUAGGAUGAGACAGAGUUCGUAUAUUGCGAACGACUUCAGUAACCAUCCUGAAGGAGAGAACAAGAACUUGACGAGAACGAAAUCAAAAACAAGUGAUGUAGAAAUCGGGUCUCGUAAGAAGAACAUGAGUGGGAUGUAUGGUUUGAACGACAUUGAUAUAAGGAAGAAAGCGUACAAAUCUGCAAUUAUCAAAAAACGAACGGACGUCCAAGAAAUUGAUAACUUGGAAAACGGAUAUCCACCGCAGUUGACCAAAAAGCGCCCACCUCCAAGAACUAUACUAACCAUGAGGGGUCGUUGAAGACUUGACCUUCACAAAAAUUCCUUGUUCAAUUGUCUCAGGGGAAUGAAAAUUUCUUGUAUGAGCCCAAUAGAAUUUAGUGUUUAAAAGGUCCAGGACUUUAGAAACUUAUGAAAUAUUACAGUGUCACAAUGCCAGUAGCAGCAGUCGCAGACUCUGUGCACAGUUCACCAAAAUUAGAGCGUCCUAAAUCGCUGGAAAUACAGACGGAGAUCUCGGUCCAAGGGCCUCCGAUACAACACGAUGUGACGCCGGUAGACAAGGACGACGGAGUGCAGGACGACCUGGAACCCGAACUGGAGAAGCUCAGGAUAAACGAGGACCUAGCCCCGCCCUCUGAUAGCAGCGAUAAG